AUGGUCUCUCGCCUUCAGCAAUGCUUCAGGGAGAUCGAUAACAUGGGGAGCAGCCGGCCGCGCACCAAGGACUUCUUUGCAGCCCCGACGCUCUCCCUCUCGCUUGCAGGUGCGUUCGCCAGGAAUGCGCCGAGCGGAGACGAAGUGGAAGAAGGCGAGGAGGGGAGUGGCGGGGUAAGAAGCGGGCCACCAGGUGAGGAGGUGGAGAUAAGCAGCGAGAACACGGGGCCGGCCGGCAGCCAGUCCGGCGACGGCUCCGCGGAGGAAGAAGAAGGCCAUGGCGAUGGGGGUAAACGGAAGAAGAGGAGCAGGAAGAGCUACCACAGGCACACCUCUGAACAAGUCAGGGUUAUGGAAGCGGUAUUCAAAGAGUCGCCACAUCCAGACGAAAAGCAGCGGCAGCAGCUCAGCAAGCAGCUAGGACUGUCUCCACGGCAAGUCAAGUUCUGGUUUCAGAACCGACGAACUCAGAUCAAGGCGACUCAGGAGCGGCACGAGAACUCGCUGCUCAAGUCCGAGCUGGAGAAUCUCCAGAAGGAGAACCGCGCCAUGAGACAGCUUGCCAAGGGGCCCUCACGCUGCCCAAGCUGUGGCGCCGCAGCAGCCUCGACCGAUGGCUUCAACGCCGCCGCGGCCAACCAAGAACAGCUGCUGCAGCUAGAGAACGCCAAGCUGAGAGCCGAGGUAGAGAAGCUGCGGGGUGCGCUAGGGACGGCCGCGGCCGACAGAGCCGCCUCCCCUGCCUCGCCGCCGUUCUCCGCGGCCACCACCCAGAUGAGCGGCAACCGGAGCCCGUUCGGAGUUUACGGCGCCGGCUUCGUGGGCCGCGACAGGCAGAGCAUCCUGGAGCUGGCCGGCAGCGCGCUGGAAGAGCUGAAGACGAUGUCUUCCUCCGGUGGGCCUCUCUGGGUGCGGAGCGUCGAGACCGGCCGAGACAUUCUCAACUACGACGAGUACGUGCGCCUGUUCCGGCGCGACGAUGGCCCGGGAGAUCGGCGGACCGGCUGGUCCGUUGAGGCGUCACGUGAAACCGGGGUGGUUUACCUUGACGCGACGAAGCUUGUGCAUGCUUUCAUGGAUGUGAACCAAUGGAAAGAGCUCUUCUCUUCCAUGAUCUCAAAGGCAUCGACACUGGACGUGAUCCGCACCGGCGACGACGACGAUGGACACGACGGCGUGGUGCAACUGAUGUUUGCAGAGGUCCAGAUGCUGACGCCAAUGGUACCCACAAGAGAGUUCUACUUCGCCCGCUACUGCAAGAAGCUGGCCGCGGAGAAAUGGGCCGUCGUCGACGUGUCGUUCGACAAGGCUGAAGCCGACGUCGGCACGUCGCCGCUGGUCACGUGCUGGAAGAAUCCCUCGGGUUGCAUCGUCGAAGAGCAGGCAAACGGCCAUUCCAGGGUGACUUGGGUGGAGCACACCAGAUGCCGCGAGUGCGCGGUCCCGUCCAUGUACAGGGCGGUGACCGCGAGCGGCCUGGCGUUCGGCGCGAGGCGCUGGGUGGCCCAGCUCCAGCUCCAGUGCGAGAGGAUGGUCUUCUGGGUGGCGACCAACGUGCCGACGAGGGACAGCAAUGGGGUCUCCACACUGGCAGGGAGGAGGAGCGUCCUGAAGCUGGCGCACCGGAUGACCUUGAGCCUCAGCCGCGUCAUCGGCGGGUCGCGUUGCCUGGCGUGGAGCAGGGCGCCGAGAGCAGGCGCCGGCGACGUCCGGCUGACCUCCCGGACGAACGCCGGCGACCCCGGCGAGCCGCAGGGGCUGAUCGCCUGCGCCGUGCUGUCCACGUGGCUCCCCGUCAGCCCGACGUCCCUCCUGGAGUUCCUGAGGGACGAAUCACGCCGGCCCGAGUGGGAUGUCACGCUGGCCGGACGAGCUGUUCAGUGUCGCAUGAACCUGACGAAGGGGAAGGAUCGUUGCAACUGCGUCACCGCCUACGCUCCCACGUCGGCCGACGGCGAGUGGAUCGUGCAGGACAGCUGCACCAACCCGUGCGAGUCGAUCGUCGCGUACGCGCCGGUCGACGCCGCCGUCCUGCAGCCGGUCAUCAGCGGGCACGACUCGAGCGGCGUGGCCCUCCUGCCGUGCGGCUUCGCGGUGGUGCCGGACGGGCUGGAGUCCAGGCCCGCGGUGAUCACGUCCAGGAGGGAAGGCGGGGCGGCGGCCGGGUCGCUGGUCACCGUCGCGUUCCAGGUGCUGGCCAGCUCGUCGCCGGCGGCCGCGCUCUCGCCGGAGUCGGCGGAGACCGUGACGAGCCUGGCGUCCUGCACGCUGCGUCGCGUAAAAAAGGCCUUGGGGUGCGAAGACCGCUGA